CUUUUCGAGCGUUCACACGAGACCACGACGAGUGCCCACCGUGGGUGCCAUUCGCCCCUCGAGCGUCGACUUCCCUCACGGCUGCGCGUGAGGAGAAAAAGAGGAGCGAAGCGGCGCCUCGCCUCCCCUUCCCCUCAGCCAGGGUGUGCCUCCUCCUCCUCGCCCGCCUGCCCGCCCCGGAGCGAGGCGCCCCUCUCUUCUCCGGGAGACGCCUGCCGCCUUCCUGCCUCCCCCUCCUCACCGAGUCUCUUUGUGGGGCCCCAGGGAGAGGAGCCCAGCGCGCCGCCGCCGCCGCUCCUUCGCCCGCCCUUCCCCGCUCCCUCCCGCCAUUGUGCAGCCGGCAACGCCAGCUCUCCCACCUGCUGGCGGCGGCGAGGCGAGCGACGCCCCCUCUCGCUUCCCAUUCGCUCCCCAUUCACCCUUCUGUGCGCGCGUAUGUCCCCAGCUGAACCGGGGAGAGCCCCCCCCUCCUCCUCCUCCAUCUCCGCCCCGCUCCGGAGCGUGCAGUGCCGCCACCUUGCCCUCCCUCCCUCGCUUCCUCCUCCUCCUCCUCGUCGUCGCGCGCUCCCCGAACUAAAAGGAGGCAGCUGUUCGGCCAGCGGCGCCUCCUCCUCGCUCCCGUUUCCAGCCCUCGGGAGCCGUCGCCGCCGCUUUCCACCCCAAAGGCGUGCAGCUCGGGGAAUAGGAAGAGGAGGCGCUGCUGCUGCUGCUGCCGCCGCCGCCGCCUCAGACUGCAAUGUGCGCCCUGCUGCUGCUGCUGCUACUCCUGCCGCAGCCCCAGCCGCAGCCCUGAAGGAGCCAUGCCGGGCUGGAAGAAGACCAUCCCCGUGUGCCUGCAAGCCGAGCAGGAGAGAGAUGAGAGUCCAUACACUAAAUCUGCAAACCAGACAAAACCACCCGAAGGAGCAUUGGCUGUAAGGAGGCAGAGUAUCCCAGAGGAAUUCAAGGGCUCAACACUAGUUGAAUUAAUGAAGAAAGAAGGCACAACUUUGGGGCUUACAGUGUCUGGUGGAAUUGACAAGGAUGGUAAACCAAGAGUGUCCAACCUUCGUCAAGGAGGAAUUGCCGCUCGGAGUGACCAACUGGAUGUAGGAGACUACAUCAAAUCUGUGAAUGGAAUCAACCUGACAAAGUUCCGCCAUGAUGAGAUCAUCAGUUUGCUUAAAAAUGUUGGCGAGAGAGUUGUAUUAGAAGUGGAGUAUGAGCUACCGCCAGUCUCUGUACAGGGUUCAGGUCUCGUUUUUAGAACUGUGGAGGUUACGUUACAUAAAGAAGGGAACACUUUUGGGUUUGUAAUAAGAGGUGGAGCACAUGAUGACAGAAAUAAAUCUCGUCCUGUUGUAAUAACAUGUGUUAGACCUGGAGGACCUGCUGACAGGGAGGGGACAAUAAAGCCUGGUGACAGGUUGCUUAGCGUUGAUGGAAUUCGUCUGGUCGGGACAUCACACAGCGAAGCCAUGAGCAUUCUCAAACAAUGUGGGCAAGAAGCAACUCUGCUGAUAGAAUACGAUGUCUCGGUUAUGGAUUCGGUAGCAACAGCUUCUGGGCCGCUGCUUGUCGAAGUGGCCAAAACUGCUGGUUCCGCUCUGGGAGUUGCACUAUCUACCUCGAUGUGCUGUAGCAAACAAGUGAUCAUCAUAGACAAAAUAAAAUCUGCAAGUAUUGCAGACAGAUGUGGCGCAUUACAUGUAGGAGAUCAUAUUCUCUCCAUUGAUGGCACCAGCAUGGAAUACUGUACAUUGGCAGAAGCGACACAGUUCUUGGCUAAUACUUCUGACAAUGUCAAGCUAGAGAUCCUUCCUCAUCAUCAGACAAGGCUGGCUCUUAAGGGACCAGAACAUGCGAAGGUUCAAAGGAGCAACAGGCAGCUCACCUGGAAUCCCUAUGCCAACAGCCACAGCAGCACUCUCACCUCUCACCAUUACAAUACCUACCACCCUGACCAUUGCAGGAUGCCAGCUUUGAAAUGCCAGAAAACAUCACCUCCAAAAAGCCUUCCACUCGUAUCUUCGUCCUUCUCUCCGGCCUCCAUGAGCGCGUACAGUCUGAGUUCCCUGAACAUGGGGACUUUACCUCGCAGUCUCUACUCUACCAGUCCACGUGGCACCAUGAUGAGAAGAAGGAUGAAAAAGAAGGACUUCAAAAGCUCAUUGUCGCUAGCUUCUAGCACUGUUGGCCUGGCAGGGCAGGUUGUCCACACAGAAACUACAGAAGUAGUGCUGACAGCUGACCCCAUUGUCGGAUUUGGAAUACAGCUCCAGGGCAGUGUGUUUGCUACGGAGACCUUGUCAUCUCCACCUCUGAUCUCCUAUAUUGAGGCUGACAGUCCAGCAGAAAGGUGUGGCACCCUACAAAUAGGAGACAGAGUACUGGCUAUAAAUGGGAUCCCGACAGAAGACAGCACAUUUGAUGAAGCUAAUCAGCUUCUUAGAGACUCAUCUAUCACCAGCAAGGUCACUUUGGAAAUAGAAUUUGAUGUUGCAGAAUCUGUUAUACCAAGUAGUGGCACUUUUCAUGUAAAACUACCAAAGAAGCAUAACGUAGAGCUUGGCAUCACCAUAAGCUCUCCAUCUAGUCGAAAACCAGGAGACCCUCUUGUUAUUUCAGAUAUUAAGAAGGGAAGUGUUGCACACAGAACUGGAACAUUAGAACUAGGUGAUAAAUUGCUCGCCAUAGAUAAUAUUCGACUAGACAACUGUUCCAUGGAAGAUGCAGUUCAAAUCCUGCAGCACUGCGAGGACCUUGUAAAGCUCAAGAUUCGCAAAGAUGAAGAUAACUCUGGUAUUCACAAGACCAAUUGCAUCCUCUUGGCAUGUAUUGCAGAUGAACAAGAGAGCUCAGGAGCAAUUAUUUAUACUGUCGAGCUCAAGCGCUACGGAGGACCUCUUGGGAUCACUAUUUCUGGUACUGAAGAGCCCUUUGAUCCUAUUAUCAUUUCAAGUCUUACUAAAGGUGGACUAGCUGAAAGGACAGGUGCAAUUCAUAUCGGAGACCGAAUCUUAGCAAUAAAUAGCAGCAGCCUGAAAGGAAAACCUUUGAGCGAAGCCAUACAUUUGUUACAAAUGGCAGGAGAGACAGUCACCUUGAAAAUCAAAAAGCAGACAGAUGCAUCAAGUCCCAAGAAGUUUCCGGCCUCUGGUCACCUAAAUGAAUUGAGUGACGCGGAAGAUGACACAGCCACCACACAGAAACCAGGCAAACUGUCAGAAAUAUACUCCACUACCGUCCCAAGCGUAGAUAGUGCUGUGGAAUCAUGGGAUGGCUCUGGAAUGGAUAACAGCUAUGGAAGUCAAGGUCCCAAUUAUCAGGCUUCAGGAUACAACUUCAGCACAUUUGAAUGGAGGAGUCCAAAACAAAGGAGCAGUUUAUCCCCUCCCAACAGGCCCCGAACCAACCCCUUCCACAACACAGGGCUAAGUGAUGAUGAAUGGGAUAAACCCGUCACAAGCAGCUUUGCAGGUGCCCCCGAGACUGACCAGGAGGAAAAUUUCUGGUCUCAAGCACUGGAGGACUUGGAGACUUGUGGACAGUCAGGAAUUCUGAGGGAAUUAGAGGACAAGGCUGACAGGCGUCUGUGUUUGAGAAACAUGACUCUCUUGGCAACCAUUAUGUCAGGUAGCACCAUGAGUCUGAACCAUGACAACCCGCAGCAUCGCAGCCACCUGGGGAGACAAGCCAGCUUCCAGGAACGAAGCACUUCGAGGCCUCAUUACAGCCAGACGACCCGUAGCAACACGUUGCCUUCAGAUGUGGGAAGAAAGUCUGUAGCUUUGCGGAAGAUGAAGCAAGAGAUGAAAGAAAUUAUGUCACCAACUCCUGUGGAGUUACACAAGGUAACUUUGUACAAGGAUUCGGAUAUGGAGGACUUUGGGUUCAGCGUCUCCGAUGCCUUAUUGGAAAAAGGAGUGUAUGUUAAAAAUAUUCGGCCAGCUGGACCUGGAGAUGUGGGAGGGUUGAAGCCAUAUGACAGACUGCUCCAGGUAAACCAUGUGCGCACAAGAGACUUUGACUGCUGUCUGGUUGUGCCCCUUAUAGCAGAGUCUGGUAACAAAUUGGAACUUGUUAUUAGUCGAAACCCUCUAGCCUCUCAAAAGGUAAGCUCAGAACAACAGACUUUCCCGGCUGGGGAAUGGAACGAACAAAACCAUGCCUUCCUUCAACAAAGUGUACACAGCACUGGUUCAGAGAUGAAACGGGAGCCUAUGAACACUUUGUAGCCAAAAAAACUGUAUUUAGUGCAAAACAUUUAAAUGGUGCUAAUCCCUUUCAGGUUUCUGUUACACUGAAGAUGUGGCUGUCGUGUGGCAUUAAGAAGCACAGGGGGCGGGGGGCUCAUAAUUUGCUACUUGCUUCCAAUGCUGAGUUUUUUUGCUCUGCUCUCAUUUUUUAUCACCCAUGUGUAGUGCCAUUUCAACCUGACCCUUAGUAACAAGAGAAACGAAUGGUGAAAAUGGCUGUAAAUCCUAUCAUGGCAGAUUAGUGAGAGAUUUAAGUAAAAAGAUUGGGGGAGGGGGGGACCCAUCCAUGUAAAUAAUUACAACAGAGGAUCUGAUUUUCAGAACAUUGCAACUUAUUCAAAUACCAGCUGGUUAACUAAGUGAAGGAAUCACAGGCUAUUGCUGCUGGACCCAGCUCACUGUAUCAUAGUAGUUGUUUUUUAAAUGAACUAUAUAGUUCUGUUGCUUCUGCGGUAAUGAAAAAGGGGGGGGGUUAAAAGUUACUAUGUGGUUUUACAAUUAUUUUAGCAAAAAUUGCACACAGGAAUCUGAAGUGCAAAGAGGUGAAACUUUUACUGGCCCAGCUGUAGUAUGAUUUUAUUAAGAGUUAUAUUAUACCCUAUGCAAUGAUGUACUGAACAGGAUAUGUCUUGCACCCUGUAUGGACUUCUAACUUUUACGUAUUUGGAACUUCUGAUAAAUUACUGGUUUUUUUAAAAAAAAAGUAAAACAAGUUUUAGCGAAAUUUUAAAAAAAGACUUUUGUAACAUGUAUUCAAGUAGAUUUUUUCUUUGUUUAAAUUUUGAACUGCAGUAGCAAAGAAAUACCAGUGCAAAACUGUAUGAACUGCCCCAGUUUAGGGAUAUACACAAGUUAACUUGUAUAGCAACACACAAUUCUUUUUUUUAAAUUAAAAUGAAUGGUACGUGCAUUGGUUUCAAAUAGCUCAUUAACUCUUAUUAAUGUCAAUUCAUUUAAAAACUGUAAAUACAUUUUGCACACACAUACACACACACACUCAGAUUCUUCCCUUUCCUGCUCAGAGCAAUAAAAUGCUGCCAGUUGCUUUUUUAGGUUCACCAGCAGCUGCUUUGAUUUGUUUAUUGUAUUGUCAAUGGUAAUUAAUGUUACUUGGUGACUGGAAAAGACACUGGAUUUGUCUCUUAUAACUGUAGAGUCCUCAUUUCUUAUUUUAACGACCAGUUUUUCAUCUAUUUGAAUUGUUAGGAUAUCCCUGAUGCUGUUUUCCUUAAACCUGUUACAUGAACAUGAAAGUGAAACAUUUUGUUCAUAUUUCAGCACUGCCAGAGAAAAAAUCAUUUAAAACGAAACUGAAACCCAGAUCAUGAACCACACUUAAUAUGUAUUUUUAUUUGUUAACAAAGGAGUAUUAAACUAAAGUAUUUUUGUACAAAUUUAAUACUUUAAUAGCAUGGUAUUUAUCGUCUAUGUAUGGUUUCUGGGAACUCAACCUGUUGCAAAAAUUUGUAUGGAAACUGUAAAAAAAUCAAAUAAAAAUUAUUUAAAGACAA